CGCGGAGUGUCCCGGGUUGCGCCACCGGCCCGUGGGGACGGGAACGGCGCGUCCCCAGCCCGGGGUGACGCAGCCGGGGCUGCCCCGGUCCGGGCACCUUCGGGGCCGCCCCUUCCCGGAUCCCGCCGGGGAAACGACGCUUCCCGCCCGGCACACCCGGCCUGGCACCGCGGGGAGGGGACGCGGGGACACGGCACACGUGGGAAUGGGGCACAGGGACACCGCGGGGACAGGGGAUGUGGGACCAGGGGACACCGGGACACGCGGGGCUGUGGGGACGGGGCACAUGGGUACAGGGCACAUGGGAUCUUGGGGACAGGACACCAUGGGGACAGGGCUUGUGGAACCAUGGGGACAGGGAGGACACAAACAUGGGGACAGGUAUCACGGGGAUGGGGCACAUGGGCAUGUGGGACCCAGGGACAGGGGGCACAGCAGGGACAGGGCACUCAGGAAAAGGGGGAUUGGACAUGCGGGGCUGUGGGAAUGGGGCACAGAGACACUGCGAGAACAGAGAUUGUGGGGCCACAGGGACAGGGGGCACAGGACCAUGGGGAUGGGACACAGGUGCCUGUGGGGACAGGGCUCACAGGCACCAUGGGGACAAGGCACAUGGGAAAAUGCUGACAGGGCACUGGGGACACACCAGUACCUGUGGGACAGGGCACACCGCGGGGACAGGGCUGGGGGGGGGGGACAUGGCACAGGGGACAUCCUUGCCACGGUGACCGUGGCAGCACAGUGGAUAAUGGGGACAAGGGGCCCAGGUGGCAUUUCCCCAUGCCAGCUUGUCACUGCCCUACAAUCAGCAGGGCGGGCUCUGCCCCCCCCGCCCUGCCCGGCCCUAUAAAGCCACCACCACCCCCAGGGGACAGAGCCCAGACAGGACCAGACCUCAGGAGCUGCCAGAGUCACAGGUACCUGGGAACGGGGACAGGGACAGGCCAGGUCCUGCCUGGGAACAAUUCCCAGGGCUGGGAACAGGGACAGGGUCAAGCCAGGUCCUGCCCAGGAAGGAUUCCCAGGGCGUUCACUCUGGAUGCUCCUGAUGGCCGGGGCUGGCAGCAGGGGACAGGGGUGAGUGGCAGGGGUGUCCUCCACCUGUGUCACCCGUGUCCCCCUCUCCCUCCAGGCCCAGCCAUGUCCCGCGUGUCCAGACCUGCUGUCACAGGGGCCCGGGGUCCCCGGGGCCCCCCCAAGCGGUCCCACCCCCUGGGAGUCCUGACGGGGCCCGGGAACGCGGCCGAGUCUGUCGUCGACCCCGACAUGGAGGCCCUGUUCGAGGACUUCCUGGGGAAAGUGACGAUGGUGGCCUCGGCGGCCUCGCGCCCCCCGGCCCAGCCAUACCACUACGUGCUGCGGGACACGGAGCAGAAGGGGCUGUGCCUGCGGGACGGGCACCUGGUGGCCACCAGCCUGCAGGGCGCCAACGCCGCCCAGGAAGAGCCCAUCAGCGUGGUGCCCAACCGGCACCUGGAGCGCCGGCGCUGCCCCCUCAUCGUGGGCAUCCGCGGGGGCACCCGCGCCCUGUCCUGCGGCACCGGCCCCGAGCCUCGGCUGCACCUGGAGGACGUGGAGCUGCUGGAGCUGUUCUCAAAGAUGGGAGACGAGGCCACGCCCUUCACCUUCUACAAGACCUUCGGGGGGUCCACGCACACCUUCGAGGCCGCAGCGUUCCCAGGGCUGUUCCUCAGCACGGCCCCAGGCCCGGGGGAGGCCCUGGCCAUGGCCCCCCCCCACGGGGCCACCGCCUUCUACCUGCGCCGAAAGUGACCCCGGCACCCAGGGGCGGGGGGCACUCAGGGGGGGCACCCAUGGGGGGACAUCCACGGGUGGGGGUGUCCUCCCUGCCAAAUAAA